GGUGAUUUGGAUUGUUAUGUUGCAUAUUGGGUUUGUGGAGAGAUGUUUGUAUUGUUUCCCUGGACAAAAGUUUGGAAUAAAAGCUUCUUCUAGUUGUUGUUAAGUUGAUAACAGAACAAGACAACUCUAAUGCAUCCAAACACAAUCUCUGUUAACACAAGAAACAACAACCAGACCAACUACAUUACUACACAAACAUGAUUUUCUCAUCCCCUAUCAUUUUCCCCUUUGUUUCUUUCCUCCUCUUGGUUUUUCUCCUCAGUCCUGUCGCGGCCUUGGAGUCCGGUCACCAUAACGCUGCCAACCAGACUUUCAGGCCACGAGAGGAGACGCGGAAGCUUGAGAGAGCAAGGGCUUACUUGAGGAAGAUCAACAAACCAGCAAGCAAGACAAUUCAGAGUCCUGAUGGAGAUGUUAUCAAGUGUGUUCCGUCUCACCUUCAACCGGCUUUCGACCAUCCCCUACUCAAAGGGCAGAAGCCAUUGGAACCACCAGAGAGGCCAAAACAUAAUGACUCAAUAGACUUGUCGACAGAAAUUAUUCAGGCCUGGAUGAAUACAAGUGAAUCAUGUCCUGAAGGAACUAUUCCAAUAAGAGAAACUACCGAGCAAGAUGUUUUAAGAGCAAGUUCAGUCAGGAGAUUUGGAAGGAAAAUUCGACGAAGAGACACCACAAGCAGUGAUCAUGAGCAUGCAGUAGCAUUUGCCAGUGGAGAUCAAUAUUAUGGAGCAAAAGCCAGCAUUAAUGUGUGGGCGCCGCGGGUAAUUGAUCAGUACGAAUUCAGUCUAUCCCAAGUGUGGGUCAUUUCUGGUUCAUUUGGAAAUGAUCUUAAUACCAUUGAAGCAGGCUGGCAGGUUAGCCCAGAAUUAUAUGGCGAUAAUUACCCUAGAUUCUUCACUUACUGGACUUCCGACGCAUAUCAGACCACAGGAUGCUACAACUUACUGUGCUCUGGCUUUGUUCAAACAAACAAUAAGAUUGCUAUAGGAGCUGCAAUAUCUCCAAGGUCUUCUUACAACAACAAACAAUUUGAUAUUGGCAUCAUGAUCUGGAAGGAUCCUAAACAUGGACAUUGGUGGCUCGAGUUCGGGUCGGGUUUGUUGAUCGGAUAUUGGCCUUCAUACCUUUUUAGCCAUUUAAGGGAUCAUGCAAACAUGAUACAGUUUGGGGGAGAAAUAGUAAACUCAAGAUCAGGAUUUCACACAUCAACACAAAUGGGAAGUGGCCAUUUUGCUGAAGAGGGAUUUGGGAAAGCUUCUUAUUUUCGAAACAUGCAAAUAGUUGACUGGGAUAAUAGCUUACUUCCUCUGUCAAAUCUGCGUCUCUUGGCAGAUCAUCCAAAUUGUUAUGAUAUCAGAGCAGGCAGAAAUAAUGUGUGGGGAAAUUAUAUAUAUUAUGGAGGUCCCGGAAGGAACCAAAGAUGUCCAUAAUAUAUGCCAAAGUACAGGGACCUAUAUUUUUUUCUUAUAAAUACUUGUGCUUAUACGGUA